AGCAGAAGGCAAGCGAGGCAGCGCACUUUUUUCUCUCCCUUUCUUUUUUUUCGUCUUUGCGCACGGACACUGGAGGUGGAGGAGGAGGCGGCAACUCACACCAGCGGACUUUUUUUUUUUUCACUUCUCACCACUAUUAUUAUUAUUGUCUCACUGCCUCUUGUUUUCUUCCGUAGUAUGUCUGCACUCCGAAAAAAAUUCGGGGACGAUUACCAGGUAGUGACCACCUCAUCCAGCGGCUCUGGCUUCAGCAACCAGGCGCCGGCGGAGAAGAAGCGCAAGCGGCAGCGCUUCGUGGACAAGAACGGCCGCUGCAACGUCCAGCAUGGCAACUUGGGGGGCGAGACGAGUAGAUACCUCUCGGACCUGUUCACCACCCUGGUGGAUCUGAAAUGGCGCUGGAACCUCUUCAUCUUCAUCCUCACCUACACGGUGGCCUGGCUCUUCAUGGCGUCCAUGUGGUGGUUCAUCGCCUACAUACGCGGGGACCUGAACAAGGUGCACAAUGACAAGUACACGCCGUGCGUGGCCAACGUCUACAACUUUCCCUCGGCCUUCCUCUUCUUCAUCGAGACCGAGGCCACUAUCGGCUACGGCUACCGCUACAUCACGGACAAGUGCCCUGAGGGCAUCAUCCUCUUCCUCUUCCAGUCCAUCCUGGGUUCCAUCGUGGACGCCUUCCUCAUCGGCUGCAUGUUCAUCAAGAUGUCCCAGCCCAAGAAGCGGGCCGAGACGCUCAUGUUCAGCGAGCACGCCGCCAUCUCCAUGCGCGACGGCAAACUCACGCUCAUGUUCCGGGUGGGAAACCUGCGCAACAGCCAUAUGGUCUCAGCGCAGAUCCGCUGCAAACUGCUCAAAUCUCGGCAGACCCCCGAAGGCGAGUUCCUUCCCCUGGACCAGUUGGAGUUGGACGUAGGUUUCAGCACGGGGGCGGACCAACUCUUUCUGGUCUCGCCGCUCACAAUCUGCCACGUGAUCGACACCAAAAGCCCUUUCUACGACCUCUCGCUGAGGUCCAUGCAAACGGAGCAGUUUGAAAUUGUGGUGAUUCUGGAGGGCAUCGUGGAGACCACGGGGAUGACGUGCCAAGCGAGGACGUCCUACACCGAGGACGAAGUGCUGUGGGGACACCGCUUCUUUCCGGUCAUCUCCUUGGAGGAAGGAUUCUUCAAGGUGGACUACUCCCAGUUCCACGCCACUUUCGAGGUGCCCACCCCGCCAUACAGCGUGAAGGAGCAAGAGGAGGCCCUGCUCCUGUCGUCGCCCCUCAUGGCGCCGUCUCUGUGCAACAGCGGGGAGAAGAACAGCUCCCUGGACUGCCUGGAGACCCUGGAGGACAACGACAGCACCACCAAGCUGCCCACCAAGCUCCAGAAGAUCACGGGGCGGGAAGGCCUCCCCAAAAAGCUGCUGAGAAUGAGCUCCACCACCUCGGAGAUGACUUACAGUUUCGGAGACCUGCCCAUGAAGCUGCAGCGAAUUAGCUCGGUGCCUGGCGUCUCCGACGACAAGCAGGGCGGGAAGGCCUCCAAAAUGAGCACGGAGCCCAUCAGCAAGUCGGUGGCGGACUUACCCCCCAAGCUGCAGCGGCUGGCCGGGGGCGGCAGGAUAGACGGACACCUGCCGCCCAAACUCAGAAAGAUGAACUCGGAUCGUUUUACAUAAAGAAGCCUUCCGCCCGUCUUUAGACUUCCACUAUUCCUGAUUUAUCAAUUGACAACAUGUGCACAAAUACAACUGGUGUAUCAUUCCUUCUUUAUAUUUCCAAUCUGAAAAGUGACUUAUUAUUGUGUCAUAUAAUUUUUCUUUUUUAAAUCAAACUAUGCCUCCAAGUGAAAAUUUCCGCAAGUUUCAAUUUUAGGCUCAGAUAUUCUCAUUUUUGGUUAAAAAUCAAAUACAGUAACAUAAUAAUGAGUCCUUUUUUAUUUUAUUUUUCUUCAAUUUUCAUUUUGAAUUGAAAAUGAAAAGAGUGAAUGAUACAUACAUUCGAUGGAAUCAAGGACAUCUGUCCCGGUUGUAUGUCCAUGAGAGAUCUCAGACUCUUUUUCGGACGGUGUACAAUUAGCACAAUCAGGCAUGUAAGAAAACAGCGCAUGUAGAACCGAAUCACAAUAAUUCCUGGCAUGAUAUUUAUUAAAAAAAAAAAAAAAGAGGAAAAAAAGUUCAUUAGUGACGCUACAGAGAGUGGAAAAUUGCACAAAGCCAUACGAUUUCAAACUGACAUAAAAAUGAUGACAGUUUGUUGCAGCAGGCGGCGCAUAACAUUUUGUUCCUUGAGUUUCUUGCUUUUGUUGUUUAAUGUAAAGUUGUGGCGAUGUUUUGUUCUUGCAUGCUACUCGACCUUAUUGACUAUACAAAAGGUAAUAGACAAAGAUGUUUUAGCCUUAACUAUAUUACCUUGUUUCCAUCGCCAUCUUCAUUUCUUUGCUCUUUCCUAGGUGUGCUAAUUAACCACCCGCCAUUUUUAAUGACUCUGUUCGCUGCGCCAACACUGGACAUUUUGUUCAACGAUGCCUUUUACACCGCAUCUCGUGUCCCCCCGCCGAAACGGACACAAACAGCUACGCAAUUUCCACAUGCUUAUUAAAAGUCCCAUUUCGGUUCAAAGGGUCAGUCCCCGUAGGCUACUUGAGAAGCACAAUGCAGUCACGCUAGCAUGCUAGCUAAUAGGAGUUAGCAUUUACAUACCAAGAGACGUUUGAGCGUUUAUGUUUUCUCCCUUAUUGGCGAUAUGCACCUUAAGCUUCGUGUUCACCCAAUUUGGGUUACUUUGUAACCCAGAGUGUAUGAAAAAGAAAUUGAAACGGCUUUUUAUCUUCAUGUGCAUUUUGUCAUUGAAGACAGUCCUGUGCAGUUCCACCCAAAUGAACAGCAGUUGAUCUUCAGGGGUCACACACGAGUUCAAGCGAGACGCCGGGGCUAGCGGCGUUUUCCUUGAUGAAAGCAAUAAUCCAAAAGCCUCUCAUGUUUAUCGUGCCACAGCGCCAUUUUCAUUGUUGACUGAAUCUCUCUCUCGCCACUUUUUUUUGGUUCUCUCUCAAUGCAUUGGAAACAUUGUAUGAUAGUGAGUCUCUUCAGGAAUAAAGCUCCAACAGCAAUGUUUCGCCACUCCUUUGACUGAAAGCAUAACCUCAAACGGCGUUACACCUGACAAGCUGUCGGUUACCGAGGUAACACUCCGCCUCUCUCUCUUUCUCUCUCUCUCCUUCUCUGUCCCAGUUUAUAGAAUAACAGUGAGUGACAGUCAACUGUCAAUCCCUGCUAUUCUAUGCUCCCAGCGGUUGAUCGGCUGCCCGUGGUAUU